UUGAGGAAGAAACUGUUGCAAACAUAAGAGUUUUGUUAAAUAAUUCAGCUAAAGAAGGUUUUGUGAGGUUUAAUUUUUCGUCAAAAUCAGCAUCAUGAGUGCCAGAAACUCUGCCCUUGCCUCGCUAACUGCAACAUACACAGAUUCUGAAAACGAGGACGAUAAUAAAUCGGAUCGCGAUUCGGACAACAAUUCCGAUGGGGAAAGCUCAUCGUCACAGGCCCGCGUUCGUUCGCGCCAGCAGACUCCGAUGCGCGACCUUUCGGAGACCUCCGUCACGCCUCCACCGAAUCCAACAAGCGCGUCGAAAGUGGCCACUUCUGGUUCGGCGGCCCCGAGUAUAACAAAUGAAUCGUCCUCGUCGCGACACAAGGCCCUUCGACUGGUCAGUUACUUUGACGACACGGUGGUUUCCGACGAGGAAAAUGCAUCUCCGCCCCGUGACCAGGAGGAGGAACCGAUGGAUGUGACGGAGGCUGAUGUGCCGUCCGUGGCUGCCGUCGAAUCUCCGAAGAAAGUCGAUCGAGCCAAGUUGUACGGGUUCAGUUUGCCACCGGAACCGAAGGGUAAAUGUUCGAUAGAGUUGCAGGAGAAGAUUUCCAAUUUGUACGAGAAGAUGCGAAACUCCAACAUGGACACAAACAAAAUCAUCCAGGAACGGAAGGAGUUCCGAAAUCCGAGCAUUUACGAAAAGCUCAUCCAGUUUUGUGACAUUAACGAACUGGGCACCAACUAUUCGCCCGAUAUUUUCGAUCCGUUCCAGUGGGGCAAGGAGUCCUACUACGAAGAACUGGCCAAGGCCCAGAAGCUCGAGAUGGAGAAGGUGGAAAAGGCUCGCAAAGAAAACGCCAAGACGGAAAUACAGGUCGGAGUGAAAAAGAUGGACUCGGACGACUCCAAGAAACGCAAGUCGAAGUGGGACCAGCCGGGAGUUUUGGGCGCAGCGCCGGGUGCCGUCGGAGCUGCGACGGCAGCUGCGUUGAAACCGGCCGGGAUCAUCACACAGACGCUGACGACGACGGCAACCGGUACGAAGGGAACCGUGAUAUCGGCGUUUGGGUCGUUGCCGAAAAAGCCCAAGGUUUGAAAAGGUGAGUUCGUGGCGGGAGUUUGUAUGUGUGACGGUGUUUAAUUGUACGAAUAAAAAGAAUCAUGUUCAAAUUGAAA